CUGUUCCUCGCCGAAAGCCAACAUAGUUAGCAAGCCAUCAACUCAUUAACCACAGUGUCUUAUUUCAUGAAUUGUACAAAUCCCUGACCUCAAACUCUCUCUCCCACCACAUGCCUUUGCCCCCCCCUCCCCACCAUAAAUACAAUCGCCUUCCUCUCCAUUACAACCACCUCUCUUUCAAACAAAAUCAAUGGCUCUCAAGAAGACGAGCAAGUUGCCACAAGCUGCGACCUUGAAACAAAUUCUGAAGAGAUGCUCAAGCCUGGGAAGAAAACAAGCCAUGGGAGACGAAGAAGGUUUGCCUGUGGACGUCCCAAAAGGCCAUUUUGCUGUGUAUGUGGGCGAGAAUAGGAGCAGAUUCAUUGUUCCUAUCUCUCUUCUGUCUCAUCCUGAGUUCCAGAUUUUGUUGCGAGCUUCUGAGGAGGAGUUUGGGUUCAGCCAUGAAAUGGGCAUCAUCAUCCCCUGUGAAGAGGUGGUCUUCCGCUCGCUCACUUGUUUGUAAGGAGCUGAGAAAGAAGUUCUCUGUUUCUUCUCUCUGGUUUCCCCUGCUUCAGUUAUCCAUCAUUUGUUCCAUUGAUUUGUAAAUAUCUACGAGGUUGGAUUUGAAGAUUUGAAAUUUUCGAGUGGCGUGUAGUAUUUUGCGUCGCCCUAUUGAAAUCUGCAUAGUAACAAACGAUGUAUGUCUUUCUCAAAAUUUCAAUCAAAUAAAUGGGUGGAAGCUUUUUUUCA